ACUCGUUCACGAAGACAAAAGGGAACGGUUGCAUUUUUCCAUCCGUACUGUAAUGCUGGAGGAGGUGGUGAACGUGUCUUGUGGUGUGCUAUCAAUUCAAUGCAAAAGGAAUACGCCAGCAAGAAUCUACGUUAUGUGGUUUAUACGGGGGAUAUUGAUGCAACUCCGAAAGAGAUACUUUCAAGGGCGAGAGAUCGAUUUGGUAUUGCGGUUGAUGAGACGAAGCUAGACUUUGUUUACUUGAAAACGCGACCAUGGUUAGAAGCCAAAAACUAUCCUCACUUCACACUUGCGUUGCAGACGCUGGCUGGAUUAUUAGUUGGUAUUGAGGCGUUGUGUGCAUUGAAUCCUGAAGUUUUUAUAGACACGAUGGGCUAUCCUUUAACGCUACCUUUGUUCAGGUGGUUAGCAGGGUCACAAGUAGCAUGCUAUGUUCAUUAUCCAACAAUCUCGACAGAUAUGAUCAAACGAGUGGAAUCGAGAGAGCCAACGUAUAAUAACGCCGAUUGGAUUGCGGCUAGUGGCUUAUUGAGUGUAUGUAAAAUUGUAUAUUAUCGCAUAUUUGCGUUCUUUUAUCGUUUGUGUGGAAUGUGCUCGCAAGUUGUUAUGGUCAAUGGAAGAUUGAAAUGUGAUGAUGCCGAGAAGUUACUGAAUGAAAAAAAGCAUCUUCAAUUGCUGUCAGUUGGUCAAAUUCGUCCUGAGAAGGAUCAUCGCCUACAAAUUUGCACUCUGUCUGAACUCAAAAAAACGCUCAACUCCGAUGAAGCUGGUUAUUCGGUUCGUUUGGUGAUUUGUGGAGGAUGCAGAAACGAGGAGGAUUUGGAACGUGUGAAAAAUCUACAGAAAUAUUGCAAAGAUUUACAGCUUGAUGAGAAUGAUAUCGAGUGGGCGUUGAAUAUUCCAAUUGAUGAACUUUGUUCUAAGAUGAAGGUUGUUUAUUGA